AUGCUCUCGUCGCAGGACUACUCUUUCCGUUCGCUCCUCUUCCCCCAAUAUCUCAUUCCAUCGUUUCUCCCCAACUCCACCAGAACUCGCAACUCCAUCCAACAACAACCACAGCCACCCGUACCACCAUCCCCAUCUCCAUCGUCCAAAGCCAAGAACAAACAACUCCACGCCCAACCCAACCCCGUCCCACCCUCCAAAUCCCUCACCAACCGCACCUCCUACAUCCGCUGCAUCACCUGCGGCGCCCACCUCUGCUUCACCUCCCAAAUCAUCAGUAAGGGCUUCACCGGCCGCCACGGCCGCGCCUACCUCGUCUCUGCCCAAAGCACAUCGCCCGAUCUCCAUGAACAAUUCCUCCGCAGAUCCUCAUCCUCAUCGACAUCGACAUCACCAUCGGCAUCCACCCUCCAGAAUCAACCCCAGGCCCAGACUCUACCAAACACACACGUCCACCGCCCUGUCAGCCGCCAACUCGUCACGGGUGCCCACACCGUCAGCGAUAUAAGCUGCUUGCAAUGCGGGACCGUGCUCGGAUGGAAAUACGUCGAGGCGGAAGAGGAGUCGCAGCGGUAUAAAGUGGGGAAAUUCAUUCUGGAGACGAAGAAGAUCAUCUCGGCGACGGUUUGGGAGGGCGAAGAUGACCGGGACUUGCGUACAAGAAGGGAAGAAUCUGGUGGAAGUGGGCGGCGCGGAUCGAGGCAGUCGGUGAUCAAUGAGGGAGAGGGAGUUGAAGAUGGGUCUGUUCAUAAGCACGAGCACGAGCACGGGCAAGAUCACGAGCACGAGCACGAGCAUGAGCAUGAGCAUGAGCAGGACUAUUUCUGCGGCCGCGGAAAUGAGCGUGGGUACGAUAAGCAAAACACGCGGAUAGAAGACCCGGCGGACGAGAUUGAAUUUGACAGCCAGGACGAAGAUGAAUGCGAGGAUCUCUUUGCGGGCAUUUGGAGUCCUGGCCUGGCCAACCGCAGACGGAGUCGGAAGCUGGAGAGAAAGCCUGGCUCGAUGGCGGCGACGAUGUUUGGAUUCUCGUGA